AUGUGGUUCGGAAUGCGUUCGUCGACGUGUCUGUCCUUACUCCUCCUGUCCACCUCGUCGCUCCCUGCACAUGGUCUUCCCGCCCAGCAGAGGGCCAUAUUUCCUUCCAUCGGUCCUCUGGACGAUGUUCUGCUUUUUGACGCCCCCGCAUUUGUAGAUGGAAAUAAUCUCGUCGCAAGCGUCCAGGCCUUCGUAUCGCUUCGCCAGAUCAACCUCACUCCGUUCCUCUCUGCAGUGCAGUCGGCUAUUGAAGACGCGUUCGACCUGGACAUCGGUAACAAAGUGGCACAAGUGGAGGAACGUCUGAGAUUGUUCGCUGCCAUUGGUCAGUCAGGGAAGGAUGUUAACGUGAAGGUCGGCGGAUGCUCUGCAGCGGCGAGUGGAAGUGGAGCAAGUGUAGGCAAGACAAGCAAGCUGCCUGAUUUGGGAAUGGUGCUAGGAAAUGUACCUUUGGGGAGCUGUGCUCAGCAGAACGGCGCCCUCACUGGUGCCGUAGAAGACAAGGGCACCAUCAUCACUGACGCAAGGAAGUUUGAGAAUACAAUCUUUGCCUCAGGACCGGACGGGUUUGGCGUUAUUUCCGACAUCGACGAUACGGUGAAAAUCACCAACACCCUUGACAAACUCGGAGUUGUCAAGUCCACCCUCCUUGAUGAUCCUAAACCCGUCCCGGGAAUGUCCUCCCUCUACGCCUCCCUAACUAAAUCCCUUGCCACAUCGGCACCCCCUCAAUUUAUCUAUGUUUCUGGCUCCCCCUUCCAGCUAUACCCGUUCCUCCGCUCAUUCAUCUCCACUUCGUUCCCCCAAUCGCGUGGCCCGCUGUUGCUGCAGAAUCUCACUCUGAUCGACAUACCUGGGCUGCUGGAUUUUGCGAACAGCGAUGGGAUAUUUGAGUAUAAAACGGAGAUGAUUCAGAGGAUUCAGAGUUUUUACCCAGCCAAGAAGUGGUUGACGGUUGGUGAUUCAACGCAGAAGGAUCCGGAGACAUAUGCUAAUGCCUUCAGAAACUUUGGACCAGACUUCAUUGCAUGCAUCUGGAUCCGCCGCGUUGACGGUGCAGAUAACUCUGAUGCUCGGUUCGCAGAGGCUUUUCAAGGUGUUCCGCAGGAUAAAUUUAGGAUAUUCAGUGAUGAGGACAUACCUAGCCUGGAGAGUAUAGAUGUCAAGGGAGGCAAAUGUUGA